GUCACUCCCGGGCCGCCCGUGACGCAUCCGCAGCGCGCCGGCAGUGCGUGUCGGCAAGAUGGCGGCGCCGAGCUGGGCGGAGGCGGAACGGCUGGAGUUCCUGAAGGAGCGGCACGUGCGCUUCUUCCAGCGCUGCCUGCAGGUUCUGCCCGAGCGGUACUCGUCUCUGGAGACCAGCAGGUUGACAAUUGCAUUUUUCGCGCUCUCUGGUCUGGAUAUGUUGGAUUCCUUAGAUGUGGUGAACAAAGAUGAUAUAAUAGAAUGGAUUUAUUCCCUUCAGGUCCUUCCCACAGAAGACAAAUCAAACUUGAAUCGCUGUGGAUUCAGAGGCUCUUCAUAUUUAGGGAUGCCAUUCAAUCCCUCCAAGGGCUCAGAUGUAUCUCAUCCUUAUGAUAGUGGGCACAUAGCAAUGACUUACACAGGUCUGUCGUGUCUGCUCAUUCUUGGAGAUGAUUUAAGUCGAGUAAAUAAAGAUGCCUUAAUGGUAGGACUGAGAGCUCUCCAGCUAGAGGAUGGAAGUUUCUGUGCAGUGCUAGAAGGAAGUGAGAAUGAUAUGAGGUUUGUGUACUGUGCUUCCUGCAUCUGCUACAUGCUUGAUAACUGGUCAGGCAUGGAUAUGAAAAAAGCUAUAGACUAUAUUAGAAGAAGUAUGUCUUAUGAUAAUGGCCUGGCACAAGGAGCAGGACUCGAAUCUCAUGGUGGAUCUACAUUUUGUGGUAUUGCAUCGCUGUGCUUGAUGGGUAAACUGGAGGAAGUUUUUUCAGAAAAAGAACUAAGUAGAAUAGGAAGGUGGUGUGUAAUGAGACAACAAAAUGGCUACCAUGGACGACCCAACAAACCUGUAGACACUUGCUAUUCCUUUUGGGUGGGAGCAACAUUGAAGCUCUUGAACUUAUUCCAAUACACAAAUUUUGAGAAAAACAGAAACUACAUCCUCUCAACUCAAGAUCGCCUUGUUGGUGGAUUUGCCAAGUGGCCAGAUAGCCAUCCAGAUGCUUUGCACGCCUACUUUGGGAUCUGUGGCUUGUCGCUAAUUGGAGAAGCUGGUAUCUGUAAAGUUCAUCCUGCCCUGAAUGUAAGCACAAGAACCUCCGAGCGCCUUCACCACCUUCACCAGAUGUGGAACAAGGACUCUAAGCAGUGUUCAGACAACAUGCACAUCGCUACGCGACUGAUUUAGACUCAAAUUUAGUUCUGGUAGCAUAAUUGUAGCCCAAGGUUAAAAGCCAUGUAUAACCAAUGUGCUCUUUUAAGUGCUGGAGUCAUGCAAUCAGAUCUGUGUUGCUGGCAUUGCUUUGAUAGGGGAUUGCCUUCAGCGGGUUAUUCUGCAUUGUGGGAAAAAAAGGAGAUAUUUUGAUUAUAUAGGAGUUUGUCACUGCAGACUGUAAAUGGCUCUUCAAAUGGCUUUAUGUCUAAGAAAUUCCUUGAGGCAAUUAAAAUUCAUUUUUAUUUUAUUUUUUAAAACUUGUGCAUACUGUGUCAAAGUAUAUAAUAGGAGAGUAUUUUCAAAAUCUGUUUACAUAUCAUACAGUAUAGCACAAAACCUUGGGGAUCUUUUUGAUUUUAAUGUCUUACAUAUUUUUGGGUAGAGAAUCUCCCAUAUUAAAUCUCAGUUAAAAGUUACCUUUUACUGUCUACUUUCAGAUUCCAUAAACUUUGUUAAAAAAAAAAAAUCAAAUAAAUACAAAUAAAAUUAUUUUAUUCAAUAUUCUGCACUUCUGAAGUUGUGUGGCCUUACUAAAUGAGUUUUACAAGUCUCCUGAGUGCCUGCUGCAUGGAUGCGAUGGAUUGUUAGCUCAGAUGUCUUUAUUUGAAAUUCUGUCUGCAUGGGAUAUUAGUAAGAACGUGUUGUAUUGAUACAGGACAUGAGCUAUAGUUGCUGAGUUUUUGUUUUCCUGGUCUCUGUCUAAUUCAUUUCUGAAUUUAUUAAAUGGCAAGGGCCUGUUGCCUUGUGAAGCAACACAUCUUUUCUACUGAGCUGCAGAUCUCAACAUUAGUGUCUUCUUUUUGUUGUUGUUUUUGCAAGCCAAUCACAUGUCCUGGCUGAAGAACUGUCCACACAGCAACAGCAUCAAAGAGCACAGAGCAUGAAAACCUCCAGUUGCAUUCCCCAAAUGCAACAAAAAUCCCACACUACUGCUUGAUUUCUGAAGCAGUGGUGAAAUGCCUUCUUUGGUAACUGCAGUGUUAGACCAGCCUUUAGAAAUUCAUCUGUAGGUACCAACUCUAUACUUCAGAAGACAAAAAGUGGUAAUUGUAGGUAACUGAAGAAUGAGUAUGAUCCCAAAGAAUUAAAAGGCAUGUCUUAAUAAGCAGGAAAUUUUUCAAGGAAGAGAAAAUCUGUACAAGAGCAGUCUUCAGCCUCCAAUUUUUGAGAAUUCCAAAAGCAUGGGAGGGGUUUGUGGCAAAGAAAGAGCACUCCAUUUGCUAAACCAGGCUGUUCAAAUGUACAAGCAGAAGAAAGGAACAGUAUGCAGAGUCUUGUUUUUAUCAGUUGUGGUUGUAUGUAUGUGUGUGAAGGUGGCUUCCUUGUGAACUCUUAUCAGCAGUGAACUAGAGGCUCGGUGUUGAGACCAGGAGGCUAUUCUCUGUUUGGUUAAAACAGCAGUGAGCUAGCAGUGCCAGGGUUGAAAUACCCUCGUAAGAUAGUCUGGAGGCCUUCGUGCAGGUAUUUCUGUAAGAGCCAUCGCUGAGUUUCCAUCCAACAGCAUGGGUUACACAGGCUCUGCCCUGUGAGGGAGUAUCCUUAUCAUUUUACAAGGAAUCCACAAAAACACAACUUGAAAAUGCCUUGAAGGCAAGGCACAUCUUUUAUGUUUGUUACCUCAAUGCUAAGUGGGAAUGGUAGUUACACUGCCUGGGAAGCUAAAUAUGCUAAAUAUGCUGUUGAAAUUUCCUACUUUGGGGUAAU